UAAAGUCCAUGCGUUAAUGCGGCCCUGAUCAGUGCUGUUCUAGUUUAGACUCAGUCAGAAGGGGGAUCAAUAUGAGGACAAAUACUUUCUUUUGGGGGGUUUUAUUACUCGUGAAUGGUGUGUAUGGUGUUGAUGCAGAAGUGAAGUCAGUAUCAGUGAUGGUGGGAGAUUCAGUCACUCUACACACUGAUGUUACUGAAGUUCCGAGGGAUAGUAAGAUAAUAUGGAAGUUUGGUGAUGAAAUCAUAGCUAGAAUGAAUGAAGCAGAUGGAAAUCCCUCUACAUAUGAUGGCCCCGGUGCAAUAUUUAAAGACAGACUGAAGCUGGACAAACAGACUGGAUCUCUGACCAUCACAGACAUCAGAACUGAACACAUUGGACGUUAUAGUGUAGACAUCAAGAGCACAGAUGCAAAACUGAAGACAUUUCAAGUAUCUGUUCAUGGUGGUGUGAAGACAGUAUCAGUGAUGGAGAGAGAUCCUGUCAAUCUAGAUACUGGUGUUCUUGAAAUACAGGGAUAUGAUCUAAUACUGUGGAAGACUGAAGGUAAUAUUGUGGCUGAAAUCAAUAAAGGUACCAAUCUGUUUGGAUCUAGAGAUUUAUAUGCUUUGAGAUUCGGUGGCAGACUACAUUUUCAUCAUGAAACUGGAGAUCUCACUAUCAGUGACUCCAAAACCACAGACUCAGGAGAUUUUCAUCUGCACAUGAGCAACAGUGAAUACACCUUACAGAGGACCAUCAGAGUUAUUGUCAAAACUCCACCUCAGUCAGGUGCUCCUUCAGGGAUUUGUGGUGCUGGUGUUGGUCUGGUAGUUUGGGCCGUAACUGUGUUUUUUGCUGCAAGAUUUGUAGACAACGAAAUCAAAGGUGUUUCAGCGAAAAUAAAGUGAAUCACUCUCAGGAUCAGCAUAAAAAAUUAAGAAAAACAGCAGUUCACACAAUCACCGUACCAAAUAAAUAUGGGCUUUGACUGACAUGCUAAUCAGUUUAAUUUGUUUGUUUUAUGGAUAUAUUUUGACAUAAAUCUUGCUUUUUUUGUCUCAUGCUUGACCACAAGAACAAAGAGGAAACUGUAAAUGCCUUAGCUUGAAAUGUUCAAAUCACAAAACCAUUAAUUUUUUUUCAGUUAAAUAUAAAAUAAAUCAACACAUGCCAAAAUAUUUCACUUGUUAAACAGAAGAGUUUGGCUGCUUGAAACUGGUGUUUUAGC